CUCCCUUACGUCACUUCCGGAGAACCUCUCGCGGGCUCUGGGUUUCAGAGCGGCGGCCGAGGCUGUGUAGAGGGAGCUCGGGGGUUCUAUUGUAAGGUUAACGAAGAGAAGCGGUGUCACCAAGUGCUGUCAGCCAUGUUUUCAUUCAACAUGUUUGAUCACCCGAUACCCCGGGUCUUCCAGAACCGCUUCUCUACGCAGUACCGCUGCUUCUCUGUGUCUAUGCUAGCAGGGCCUAAUGACAGGUCAGAUGUGGAGAAAGGAGGGAAGAUAAUUAUGCCGCCCUCGGCCCUCGAUCAGCUCAGCCGGCUCAACAUUACCUAUCCCAUGCUGUUUAAAUUGACUAAUAAGAAUUCAGACCGAAUGACACACUGUGGUGUACUGGAGUUCGUUGCUGAUGAAGGCAUCUGUUACCUCCCGCACUGGAUGAUGCAGAAUUUGCUAUUGGAAGAAGGGGGCCUGGUUCAGGUGGAGAGUGUCAACCUUCAAGUGGCUACCUACUCUAAGUUCCAGCCUCAGAGCCCGGACUUCCUGGAUAUUACCAACCCUAAAGCAGUAUUAGAAAAUGCAUUGAGAAACUUUGCCUGUCUGACCACUGGGGAUGUGAUCGCUAUCAACUACAAUGAGAAGAUCUACGAACUGCGGGUUAUGGAGACCAAACCUGACAAGGCUGUAUCCAUUAUUGAAUGUGACAUGAACGUGGAUUUUGAUGCUCCCUUGGGCUACAAAGAACCAGAAAGACCAGUGCAGCAUGAGGAGUCAAUAGAGGGAGAAGCUGACCACAGUGGCUAUGCUGGAGAGGUGGGCUUUCGUGCCUUCUCUGGUUCUGGGAAUAGACUGGAUGGAAAGAAGAAAGGGGUUGAGCCCAGUCCCUCCCCCAUCAAGCCUGGAGAUAUUAAAAGAGGGAUUCCUAAUUAUGAAUUUAAGCUUGGUAAGAUUACUUUCAUCAGAAAUUCACGUCCAUUGGUCAAAAAGGUUGAAGAGGAUGAAGCUGGGGGCAGAUUCGUUGCUUUCUCUGGAGAAGGACAGUCACUGCGGAAGAAGGGAAGAAAGCCCUAAGUCCAAAACUGUCAGCUGGAAAAUAAAAGAUCGUUUGCAACA